AUGGGUGGUGUUCCUAGAUCCAUUCCUGUUCUGAUCAUUCUUACUGUGAUGAUGAAGUACUCUUCAUCUUUGGUGUCUGGUAUGAAAGGAAGUGUUCUUGUAACAGUGCACAACAAUUUGGGUCCAGGAAAGAAAUUGCAUUUGCAAUGUGAAUCAAAGGAUGAUGAUCUCGGAGAGAAGGCACUGGACUACAAUCAGGAAUACUCAUGGAGGUUUGCUGAUAAUCUUUGGUGGUCCACUCUCUUCUAUUGUGAUUUAUGGUAUGAAAGGAAUGGUGCAUAUGUAGCUACUCAUGCAGAUGUUUAUGUCGCAAAAAGAGAUGAAUUUUGCACAGGCUGUGUGGCUGCUGUUGGACUUGAUGGGAUUCAUGUUGUAGAUAGAAAUAACCGUGACUCGAAACUAGUAGCAACAUGGCCUUAG